AGGAGACGAUGGAGAUAGUUUUUAAUGCAUGUAUUGUUGUUUCAAAACGUGUGUCUUUAAGUUAUAAAAAUCAACCAAUCAUUCAAUCAACCAACUGUGUCCAAAUACCUCACCUAGGGGAGCGAAAUGGAUCAGUCUCCCUCACACACACAGCGCUGAAUGGUACUGAGCUCUAUUAUUAGCCUGAGUCAGUCGCUAAACACCGCCUCCUCAGCUGGGUCUGGGAGGAAAAAUAUUCAUUACGUAACAAUAAGAGAUCGGUCUCUGGCUCCACUUCCUGAAUACCACAGUGGCUAGGCCUGCGACAGCCGACCAGCCCGGAAGCCUCACUCUCUAUUUGUGUGUUCGGGCAGAGCUCACCCUCUUUCGUUUAUCCCUUGCAACACAUUCCCACUACCCCUCCUCCUCCUCAAUUCUUCUUUUUGGGUCAGUGAUGCAGCAGGAGUGACGCAGCAGUGUCAGGGCCUCAUCAGCCUCCAGACGGGCAGCGUCUCAGGAGUGGACUGGAGAGAGAAUCAGUGUGCCCAGGCUGGGCCCAGACACACACCAGCAGCCAGACACCAGUCAACAGAGGAGAAGGCGGAAGGGAAGAAUCUCCAAGCAAUUAUUCAAGAGUGAAAGAAGAAUUCGUCACAGAAAAUGGCAACAAUGAAUCAGCAGAUGACGGUGGCGUCUCCCUGCACCCAGGGCCUGGUGGACAGCUCCCAUCCCCAGGCGCUCCUCAGCAGGCUCAACGAGCAGCGCUCCCAGGGCCUCUUCUGUGAUGUCACCAUCGUGGUGGAGGAUGUCAAGUUCCGGGCCCACCGGAACAUCCUGGCUGCCUGCAGCGGAUACUUCCGCAGCGCCUUCACCUCCCCUGAGGUGUGGACUUCCAGCCAGGUGCUGGAGCUCAUGGACCUGAGGUCUGAGGUGUUCGCCAGCAUCCUCAACCUCAUCUACUGUUCCAAGAUCACAUCCUCACCUAGCACAGAGAACACUAGAUGCCUGAUGGCAGCUGGAAAAAGACUGGGCAUUCCCUUCUUAGAGAAACUGGUGGAACAAGACAGGCAGGGCUCAGGUGGACCAAAGAUCCAGACCUCAACCAACCCUGCUAAGACCACAGGCCGUAGUAAGGUCUGUGGGCCCCGUAAAGCGAAGAAGGAGACCUCCAGGCCAGAUCAGCCAGACAGUGCAAGAGGCCCGCGGAUCACCAAUGCUUUCUCUAUCACUGAGGUGGGUCCCGGGAAUAACCUUUUCACCCCACUAGACCUGCACAGUGGGGAGAGGCAGUCACCUGACCUUGGACAGACCCCAGCAGCCUGCCCUGCCCCCUGCCCCCUCGCGAUGGACAAUGAGCCCAUGCAGGCGCUGUCAGAGCACUCCUACGCAGUCAUCAGCCAGGGACCCAGGGCCCCUGAGCACAGGGCUGGCAACCAGGAGGACAACAAGAAGGGCACCAAACCCACACAGUCCCAAUCAAGGCAACUGGCCAACAGGAACAGUGGCCCACUCAAAAAGCGCCACAGACUGCGAGCCGCCUUGAGUAAAAGCACACCUCCAACACUGGCUGUAGCACUUGAACCUGUGCAUCCUACUGGAAGCAGCCCGGCAUUAAUAAAGCCCACUGUACAACCUGUGGGAACGUCACCCCCGUCAUUAUACCCGCAGACAGAUGUGCAUACAAGCAGGGCCAAUGAGCUUCCUCUAGCCAUGGAUAAUGGCUACAGGGAGCUGGACCCACCUCCACUUUCACCCCACACGGAAGAUAGCAUAUCAAUCUAUGGCUGUGAGCACUGUCCAGAGAUAUUCACCAAUAAAGCACUUCUCACCGUACAUACAGAAAUACACAAAAAAAGGUUUGUCAGUCAUUUGUUUUGCAAGUUUUGUCGCAGGAAGUUCAUGCAUUUGAAGCGGUUGCGGAACCACGAGACGGUGUGCCCGAAAGCACAGAGGGGCUCGCCUGAACACGAGCCCCAAGGCAAAGAGGACGGGGCAGACCAUUAUUCAGACAGCAUGCCAAGCAUGGACAAUACAGCAACUGAUGUCCAGUUAUCUCCUCCUGAACUCCCUGACCCUUUCCUUCCAACCAGCCUCCAAAUGAACCCCACCUCAAAAACACUGCAGGCUUUAGAUAGGUUAGUGAAACCUAGUAGAGGCCAGAGGGUCUAUAACUGCAGUGUGUGUAAACGGGCAUAUGUGACCGUCUCCAGUCUGAAGCGCCACGAGAAUGUGCACUCCUGGCAGAGGGCGUACCCCUGUCACUACUGCAAUAAAGUGUUUGCCCUAGCCGAGUAUCGCACCAAACACGAGAUCUGGCACACAGGUGAGCGCCGCUACCAGUGCAUCUUCUGCUUAGAGACCUUCAUGACCUACUACAUCCUAAAGAACCACCAGAAGGCCUUCCACGGAAUCGAUCCCAGAUUGUCUGUGAGUAAGAAGUCAGCAAAUGGUGGAUUUAAGGGCAGCGUUUACCCCAUUAAACUCUACAGGCUUCUGCCUAUGAAGUUUAGAAAGAGACGCUAUAAGACUUACAGUCAGACCUAUUCAGAGGAGCUGGAGGGCAGCGAGCAGGCCCCGUUGGGCUGCAGCUCUCCCAUCCUUCCAUUUGAAGAUGUUGGCGCUAUGGGUAAGCAAGAUGCUGCUUUAUUCUCAAUGCCUGUGACAUUCAUGGCCACUCCAAAAGUGGUAGCAUCAGUAAUGCCACGCAUCAGUUUUGAUCAGCCCUGUGACCAAGAUGUAGACCAAGAUGCAGGCACAGGAAAACAGGCCUCUCACUCCGAACUUAAUGGGCCUCCAUAUAGCUAUACAACCCCCUUGGCCAUAAUGCAGGCAGGUGGGGAGUCCCCUGCACUGGACUAUGGAGAUGGUGCCGCAUUCCAAGGGAUUAAGAACCUGGAGGGCAACAGUCAUAAUAUACCGUUCCUAAAAAUCAACCCAUCCAGCUCUCUGAACAGGCUAUGUGAGCUCUCAGCUGCAGCACAGAGAAUUGAAGCCAUGACCAGUCAGCUUUUUAUGCCAGGGGCUGAGAGCCUGGCGCCUAGCAAGACUGCAGGGGGGGAAACUGAAACGUACAUUGCCACACCUGCGUGUCCAGGUCCCUCCGUGGAUGGUCACGUUCUGCCACUCUGCCAGAUCACAGUGAAAAUUGGCAACGAGGCCAUUAUUCGCCGGAGAAUCAAGGGCUCUAAGCUGUUCCCCAGGAAGAGGAAAAGAAGCAGCGGGAGCCAGGUAGAGGAGAGGUGUCGGGACCAGGGCCGGCCUGCAGAGGGCAGCAUGGAGAGCUCCAGCCUCCGCUUCAGGACAGAGGUCACUUCUGUCAUAGAGCCAGAGCCAUGCGAUGACCACACUGACCGUGACACAGCUGACAAGCUCUGGCGUCCCUAUUACUCUUACAAACCCAAGAAGAAGAGUAAGAAACUGAGAUCCAAACACAGAAAAGAGAGACGUCGUCUACGCUAUUCCAUGACAUCCUCAAUAGUGCCCAGGGCCAGAAAAGACUACCUGGAUAAAGGAUGCAGAAGCGCUGAAGAUAGCAUCUCCAUCGAGGGCACAGAGCUGAAACAACGUCUCAGAAACACCAGCCCAAAGACGACGUACACCUGUGACAUCUGUGCAAGCACCUUCAUAACGGCAUCGGGUCUGAGAGCACAUGUCAUUGGCUGCCACCCAACUUUCUGUCGAACCUGUGCAAAGCAGUGUCCCCCCAGGGAAACCUCCAGUGCCAGCUGCGAGACCGCUGAGGACAGCAGGGAUUACAUAUGCAAGAGCUGUAUGGAAAAUGGCUCCUGCUUUGACAAUUGUGCCCGCAGCCCCAGCACAGAGAAGCGGUAUCGCUGCUCCUUCUGCCCACAGCGCUUCCUCUACCUCGCAACCAAGAAGAGCCAUGAAAAAAAACACAAGGAGACAGCAGGAAAGGGGUACAGCAACGACGACUACCCCACAGUCCCAAAACGGCCAGCAACUUUGGACUUAGGCCUAAAUCUGAAAAGGCUUGUCAUCAAAACAGAGGAAGGGGAGGAUCAAUAUAGCAUCGACAAGGAGAGCAAAGUGCCAGCGGGAUCACUAGGCAGUUUUUCAACAGAGAAGAUAGAGCCUAAGCACAAGGAAUGGGAGGACACAGGUGACUACAUGUCAGUGGCGCACAAAAGAGAGCAUCCAUUUAGAAUAAACAGUGAUGGACACUAUCAGAAAGAGAGAAACUCCAACAUGAAAACUCCAAUGUCACCCUCCUGCACUGACACCUUUUCUCUUUCCCCUUCAGAGAUGCAGUAUAGAAAGCUUUCCCCUUCAGAAAAGCAGUAUAGAAAGUCUAAAAAGCGUUUUGAACACAAACAGCAACAUCAGAAAAGCCUCACUUCCAAAAGGCAGAAGCAAGUAGACUUUAUGGAUAGAGAAACACCCAGUCAUAAGGCCCCUCUGACCACACCAGGAGAAGACAGUCAUUUUAGCUAUGGGCAGUCUUCUUCUACACAUCUGAAACGAGAUUCAGUCACUAGGGGAACCACUCGCUCCUCGCCAAAGUCAGAGAAGUGUACACACAGUGUAAAGAGGAGUCCUCUUUACAAAGAUAAUACUUAUCAUUCAGGAGGGAAAUACUUUUAAGUGACUAUAUGCCUAUGCAGUAAGUUGCAGACCAACAGUAAAAUACAUAUGUCAAUAUGCUGUGCUUGAUAUAGGUUCGUUUGCCCGAAAUAAUGGACCCAAACUAAAUCAAGGGCUCCUCAAGUACUUUGAAAACAUCAUUGGAUUAUUAUGUUUUUGACCCGGGUCUGGAAAACAGAUAUAAUAAGUUGCCAAUGAACAGCAGAUAUUGAAUAUGAAGACCUAACUGACAUCUAUGUAAAUUGCAUUUUCUUCAUUCUUAUAACACAAAUCUUUUUAAAAAAGGGGAUUUAUUUUUGUACUUUUUUUCUUUGCUUUUUGAGGCUAUUUCAUAAUUAUUGUGCUGUCCAUAUUCUAUACAUAUGCUAACUGUGCAUAGUUAUUUGCACUUUAUAAUAAUUAGAAUUUUUGACUGUAUAGGCUACCAUUCAUAUAAAUAGACUGUCCACCACUUUGGUAGUGUCAUUACCACUGACAGCACCACGUGCACCAUCAAAAUGAAUGUGUCUUUUAAAAUAAUAUACAUGACGUGAUACAAAGUUGACAAAAUGCAGUUUGUGUGUCAGAGGGAAUAACUAAUUAAUGAACUAGUAGAUGAUGACAAGAGGAGAACACACAUGCCUGUUUUGAUAUUCAUGGGUCUUGGGUUAUUUAGAUAAAUAAACAAUCAACCUGUCUGGAAUUGCAAAGAAGAGCUGUUAUGCUACAUUCUGGAAUUAAGAGGACAAAUUAUUGCAUGGCACACACAGACCCUCCUGUUGUUGGAUUAUAUACGUACACAGGAUAUGGAGCCAGAUAGCUGCCAAAAGGUUGAACGUACGUAUCGUUAGGAUCGUGACAAAAUCCAGACGGAAUUUGUUCGGAUCGUAAGAAAAGCCAUGCGUGAAACGCAAACGUGAAAUUUAAUCUGUGAACAUACAAAAUACUAUGUUAAUUAUGGACUAACAUUUUAGGCUUGAACAAAUCUUGUGUUGUAAUUCUGACAUACAAUAAUAUCUUUCAGAGUUUUGGAAGUUUCAUCUCACGGCUUGUAAGAAGUGCUACGCGAACAAGUAUAACACAGUAUAAAAAAAACGUAAGUCAGAGAAACAGGAAAGAGGUAUCCUGCACGAUUUCAAGUUAAAAGUAUCCAUUCUCUAUUACUCCUCAGUUGAGUUCACAUUUAUGUAGCUAAUGUAAUGGAUUUGUUUGCCAGCGCAAGUCUAGAUAGCACUAGCUGUAUUAUUCCUACAACAGUGAAGUUUCAGUCCGCUAGGUGUAUCUCUACAGCAUGGACAUAUCUCUGGGUGACGUGGACAUCCCCAUGCAUGCACCUUAUCAACAUAUGACUAAUACAAUAUUGCACCAUGCAAUUCUCUGGGCUCUGUCUGAAAUCAUAACCAGUAGUAUAUACCAGGAAUAAUGAAACACAGAAUAAUAAUAGCUGUUUGGUGAAUCUAUUAAUUAUAUAUGAUCACUGGAGUGGUAUUAUGAAAUGUAUUUCACUCAAAAUCUUGCCAAAGCGUAUUCUGUAGGAAGGGUUUAUAAUUUGACAUGAUUUAUAUGAAUCGGGUCAUGGACAUAUGGACUUUGAAAUGAACAAGGGAGAGGUUAAACGUAGGCGGAGUCUGGCAUAAGCUUAUUCCCACACUUUACAAUAACUCUGUUGCAGUGGUCUUAGAUAGUCUCCUUAUAGGCUAUUCCCUCCAUCACAACACUGCUGCCCAGUUGAAGAGCUUGUGAUCUCCAUGCAGCACCAUGCACCUUCAGAAAAGCACCCCUCAACCUCAGGAGAUGCCCUUCUGGAGGCAUGCAGCCAUAGUCAUUAUACUCUAAUGUAGGCCUAUUUGCCUAGUAGCCAGAGCAUAUGUUAAAUGCCAACAUAUUUGAACAUUUAAGUUAUCCUUCAUUCACCUUAAAUCAUUUCAUUCAGUCAAUAUGUCAUCCAUUCAGUCAUUUGUCUGAGUUCCAAUAGGAACUAAAUCAAAGAGAAUAGAACAGUCUUAUCCAUUUGUUUAUUGAAAUCCAUGUGUGUAUUCAAAAUGAUCUAAAUUCUCCAAAAGUUAUUUACCCUAUCACUUUAAUAAUUCAAUGCUUAAAUUUAGGCCAAUCCACACAAAAAAAAAAUAUAUAUAUAUUAAAAUAGGCCUUCAACUUGAAGGCAUUGCAAUUUAGGCUAUCAUUUCAGGUACUGGUGUCUUGUGGAAUAAUUGUAGAACUAUUAGAAUUUUAUAACUGUUUUUAAUUAUAGGCCUCCCCUUAAGAUCAGACACUAACUCACAGGCCACUAAAUAAAUGUUAAAUAAAAUAGUGGAAUCGCCUAAGGCCUACAGUCCGUGCUCCCAAAUAGUGGAAAAAGUCUGAUUCAUUAGGUUAAAUGAUCACCACAGUAGCCGCACAUGGCUAUAAAAAUAAAUUAUGCAAUUAUAAGGCCAUUAAAUAACACACAACAGCAUGGCAUAUUUAGAUAGCGGAAUAGGCUUAGCCCAAAUCAUAUUUACUUUCUAUUUUGCAGCUCAUGUGGUUAUUCUAGACAAGGCUCUUCUGCAUCUUUAUAGUAUCCUUCUCACACAAGUCCUUUGCUGAAGGCCCAAGCCUAUACGACGCCAUCUACUGGUAUAACGUCGUUAUCGAAUGCUGUUCUAAAACAAGCUUUAGACUUUGGAAAUGAAACCGGAAGCUGUAAAGCAACUCUAACGUCUGGGCUAGAGUUGCAUGAUUGACUAGCUAACUUCGACUAGCUACGUUCGGUUCAUGUCCUUUGCAGAUGCCACAUUCCUGACAAAAGUUAAUAGGUAUAAAAAAAUAUCUGUAACCGAGUAAAGGGAGACUUAAAGUAAGAAUUGAACGUAUAAAUGUUAAUUCAUAGUCGUAACAUAAAUUAGAUCUGUAAAUGUACAAAUUCUAACGGUUAGGUUUCAUGUUUCACGCAUGGCUUUUCUUUUGAUCCUAACAAUUUACGUAUGGAUUUUCUUAUGAUCCUAAUUAUACAUACAUUCAACCUUUUGGCAGCUAUCUGGCUCCAUAACAGGAGGCCAUAAUUGGUAAGUCCUUGCACUGAUGCAGAGUUUGCAGCUGUUACUUGCAUAAGGCAAUUAGAAAUAAAAACAAAUCUAAGCCA